UGCACAGAGAAGAUGGCUGCUCUGGAGAAACAGCCGGACCUGAGGCUCCAGCAGGACAAUCCAUCGGAUCCCAGUGCCAGCCAGAAGAGUCAUUUCCUGGAGACUGACUGGAAAACACCCAUGUUGUCUGGGAAGUUCCAGAGCCGUGUCAGCUGCAGUUCAAGCGUGGCCGACAGCGGGGAUGGGGGCAUUGGGACCUCCUGCUCAGACAGCACAGAAGACUUUGGCAAUUCCAGUAACGGUUCCUCAUUCCAGCCCAUCAAAGCCCAAGUGACCAUCCCAACAGCCCAUGUCAUGCCUUCUACAUUGGGUGCCUCACCCUCCAAGCUGUGUCCUUCAGGAGACCAGAGCUGUUUACAGACUCCAUCAAAACCUGCUAUGCCAGGAUCUGCUGGUUCUGAACACCCAGGGCUCAUGAGAAAUGGAGAUUUUAAUUCUGGGAAGUCUUCUCAGGUGCCACCCAGGGAUCUCUUGCACCACUACAGGACUUCAGGGGAAAAUGGCUUUGAGCAAUCCUGGCAUCCUGCUUCUGAUCACAUGAGAACAGAAGAUACUUGGAAGUUUGACACCCCUGCCAUUGAGCGCACCCUUAACCAGUCUCUCUUUCUGGAUAAUUUGUGCACUGACCCUCUCCACAGGUUCCAGAGGUUCAAUCCAAAUUCUGGGGCAGCUGAGGCAGGAAAGGACCAUUAUAAGGUGCUGCCAGAGAGUAAGCAGGCAGCGGGGGCUAACGGAGUCUGUGAGCCCCAGGAUGGAACGUGGCCGAGUGGGAACAGACUGAUGCCAACAGGACUCCAGGCCAACAACUUCUAUCCAAAGCCUGUAAGUCCUCCAUCUCGAGCAUGGAUGCAGGAAGCCUGCACACUACACCCACAUGAGAGGGUCUGUGAGCUCAGUGCUUGGAAACAGCAGCUGGACAAAGUGCGAUUGCAAGUAGAGCAAAUGCAGUUACAAAAUGGAGGUGCUUGCCACCAUCCUUCCAUGUAUUCUCCUUCGUUGCCUACUCCUGAUCCAGCUCAGUGGAUCAAUAUCCUCAACUCCAAUGAAAACCUGCUCAAGGAGAAAGAGCUCCUCAUUGAUAGGCAAAGACAACACAUAUCACAGUUGGAGCAGAAGGUCAGGGAAAGUGAACUGCAGGUUCACAGUGCCCUGCUUGGCUGUCCAGCAACCUAUGGAGACGUCUACAUGCUGAGAAUGCAGGAGCUGCAGCGGGAGAACACAUUUCUUCGAGCACAGUUCACAGAGAAGACUGAAUCCCUCAGUAAGGAAAAGAUUGAAUUGGAGAGAAAACUGGCUGCUGCAGAGGUGGAUGCAAAGCUGAUCCGGGAAUCACUGAAGGAAACUGUGCAGAAACAUGCAGAGGAGUUAAAAAAACAGGAAGAAAGGGUAAAGGGAAGAGACAAGCACAUUAAUAACCUUAAAAAGAAAUGCCAGAAGGAAUCUGAACAAAACAGAGAGAGACAACAGAGAAUUGAGACCCUGGAAAGAUACUUGGCUGACCUACCAACCCUUGAGGACCACCAGAAACAGAGUCAGAAGCUGAAGGAAUCUGAACUGAAGAGUACUGCUAUGCAAGAAACAGUGCUGGCACUGGAAACAGAGCUUGAGGAUGUCCGGGCUGCUUUCAGGGAGCAAGAGGUGCAGCUAGAAACCCAAAAACACAAGGAGCUGGAGCUUCUUUCCACUGUGCGCAGCUUGCAGGAUAAGGUGCAGCAGUGUGUGAAGAAUGCAGAGAGAGGAGCCCCUGCCCAGGAUGGGGAGAGACAGAAGAUAGAAAAUGACUCUCUGAAGAAAGAAUGUGACCGCCUCAGGAAGAUUGUGGACAAACAACAGAAGAAGGCAGAGCAGUUGUCCUUGCAAGUAAAGAACCUGGAAGAACAGGUGACCCAGGAAGAGGGGACAAGCCAAGCUCUGAAAGAGGAGGCAGUGAGAAGAGAAAAUGCCCUGCAGCAGCUCCGGGUCGCUGUGAAAGAGCUCUCAGUGCAGAACCAGGAUCUCAUUGAGAAGAACCUGACCCUUCAGGAACGGCUCCGUCAGGCAGAGCUGACAACCCAGCCGCUGCCGGCUGAGAUAGCCCGCCUGGCGCAGGACCUGCACAGCGAGCUGGCCAGCUGUCUGCAAGACUUGCAGUCUGUCUACAGCAUUGUCACUCAGAGGGCUCAGGGCAAGGAUCCCAACCUCUCUCUGCUCCUGGGAAUUCGCUCUGUGCAGUACUCUGCUAAGGAGAAGGAUGACUUACUGAGCCCUGAUGGACUUGCAAAGAAACUGGUGGAGGUAAAACAGCUUCACAAAGAGGUGGAGGACUUAAGGACGGCAAUAUCUGACAGAUACGCUCAGGACAUGGGAGACAACUGCAUCACCCAGUAGAGAAUACUCCCCAAAGUAAGACAGGAAAUGAAGACUUGAAAUUCUCAGGAGUCUAGAGCUCCUACAGCUCAAAACCUAUUCAGCACUUUACCAUCCCUUUGCUCGGGUACAAGAUGUGUGACUUAUCUAAUCCAUGAGAAUGCAGGGGGCUUCUUGCCAGAAGUGUUUAGCUGCUGAACUGGAAUCAUUCAGGGCUUUGGUGUCAGGCUUUGCAGUAGCUUUGAUCUUGUGGAAUGUGUUUAAGCUGUGUUUGCUGGAGCUGGUGUGGUCUCUGAUGCUGGGAGAUGAAUUCUGAAUUACCUUCCAGGCAUGUCAAAUGCUGAACAU